GUCAGUGAGCUGCAGUUCAAGCCGUUCAUGUGUGCUGCACGCACCUCUGAGAAGCUCGGAACAUGCACAGAAAACUUUUUUUUUUAUCGAGUCAGCUGGAUGGACUUGUUGUGAGUUCAUGAAAAAGCGCAGGAGCGGACGUGAAGAAGAAGAAUGCUGGAUGAGAAGAUCAUGAGGUUCAUCCUGAUGCUCGUCUUCCUCACGCACAAGCAGGCGGCGGGCAGAUUUCCUCUGUGCCAUUUUAGUUGGGAGAUGAAGAAAGCGAGUCAAGAGUGCCAUGCUGGGUUGGAACAUCUCGCAGUGCCCUCCGCAGGCUGUGUGGGCGAGUGGGACAAUGCUUCGUGCUGGCGCAGUGCGGCGGUGGGCGAGGUGGUCUCUCAACCCUGCCCCGCCCCCCUCCUGCACCUGUUUGGGAAGAAGGGAAACCUUAGCAGGAAGUGCACCCCGCAAGGUUGGUCAGAUGUUUACCCAGUCAUCGCUGCCGCCUGCUCGUCCAACGACACCGACCAACCCGGCGAGCUAGUGUUCUACAAAGUGGUGAUGGUUCUGUCCACGCUGGGUCACAGCUUGUCUCUCAUCAGCCUGCUCAGCAGUACCGUCAUCAUUGCUGUCUUCAGGAGGCUGCACUGCAUGAGGAACUACAUCCACAUCAACCUGUUUGCAUCCUUCAUGCUGAGGGGCGUGGCGGUGCUCACCAAAGAUCUUCUACUCUUCUCCAGCGAAGAAGAGGACACGCCCGACUGCAGCGCUCAGCCCUCGCUGGUGGGCUGCAAGAGCAGCCUGGUGUUCCUGAACUACUCCAUCAUGGCCAACUUCUUCUGGCUGCUGGUGGAGGCGCUCUACCUUCACACGCUGCUGCUGGUGGUGCACGCCCGCUGGGCGCGCCUUUCCGUCUACAUGCUGAUUGGCUGGGGAAUCCCGUCCGUCUUCACGGUGGCAUGGAUUUUGUGUCGACUCUACCUGGAUAACACCUGGUGCUGGGAGAGGAACGACAGUCCCGUCCCCAGCAGAGUGUUGGACUGGCCCAUCCUGGCAUGCGUCGUCGUGAACUUCAUCCUGUUCAUCAGCAUCAUUCGUAUCCUGGUGCAGAAGCUGCGCUGCACCAACGUGGGCGGCAACGAGCAGUCGCAGUAUAAGCGUCUGGCCAAAUCCACCCUCUUGCUCAUCCCGUUGUUCGGGAUCAACUACGUGGUUUUCGUCCACCUGAUGGAGCCUAGCGAUAAAACCACACGGCACGUCAAGAUCUUCUUUGAGCUCGGCCUCGGAUCCUUCCAGGGUCUCGUUGUGGCAGUGCUGUACUGCUUUCUCAACUGUGAGGUGCAGAGCGAGCUGCGACGGAUGCGCAGGAGCUUGUCCCUCAAGCGUUACAUGGGCGGGGGAGAGCGCGGUCUCCGCGCCGCCUCGCUGGCCCCCGAACACUCGGCCCCGUUCCCCAGGAACUCCCGAGCGGCGUCCAUCUUGCAGACCGAGACUCUUCUGCUGUGAUCGCCGUCCACCUAAAGGAAGGCAUGCUGAUUGCUGUCAUCUUGUGGUUUUUGCUCAAAGCACCGCGUGAUCGUCUGAAGCCUCCUGGAGCUGACGCUGCGACUGCAAGACAGGCGGAAUGUUGGAUUCCACUCCAGCAUUGAACAACAACAAACAUCUGCUUCCUUUGCCUAUAAAAUAGUAGUACAAACUGUUUCACAUACAUUAUCUGGAGCACUGCCAUGACUAAAAGAAAAAAAAAAGAUCAUUUUUAAAAAAAAU